GCCCGGCCUUGGAGCCCGGAUAGGCGCUGCCCAGACUGGGGGGUCUCCCGCGUUGGCGCCCGGUGGGGAUGGAUGGAUGGGCAGGGCUUUCUCGCGGGCCGUCUCCGGAGGCACCCUGUUGGGAGUUGAGUCCCAUCUGAUGCCCAGGCUGAAGGAGUCUCGCUCGCACGAGUCUCUGCUGAGCCCCAGCAGCGCGGUGGAGGCGCUGGACCUCAGCAUGGAGGAGGAGGUGCUCAUCAAGCCCGUGCACAGCAGCAUCCUGGGCCAGGACUACUGCUUCGAGGUGACCACAUCCUCCGGGAGCAAGUGCUUCUCCUGCCGGUCAGCCGCUGAGCGCGACAAGUGGAUGGAGAACCUGCGACGAGCAGUGCACCCCAACAAGGACAACAGCCGGCGCGUGGAGCACGUCCUGAAGCUGUGGGUGAUCGAGGCCAAGGACCUGCCGGCCAAGAAGAAGUACCUGUGCGAGCUGUGCCUGGACGACGUGCUGUACGCCCGCACCACGGGCAAGCUCAAGACCGACAACGUCUUCUGGGGCGAGCACUUCGAGUUCCACAACCUGCCUCCGCUGCGCACCGUCACGGUGCACCUGUACCGCGAGACGGACAAGAAGAAGAAGAAGGAGCGCAGCAGCUACCUGGGCCUGGUCAGCCUGCCCGCCGCCUCGGUGGCCGGGCGCCAGUUCGUGGAGAAGUGGUACCCGGUGGUGACGCCCAACCCCAAGGGUGGCAAGGGCCCGGGGCCCAUGAUCCGCAUCAAGGCGCGCUACCAGACCAUCACCAUCCUGCCCAUGGAGAUGUACAAGGAGUUCGCCGAGCACAUCACCAACCACUACCUGGGGCUCUGUGCCGCGCUCGAGCCCAUCCUCAGCGCCAAGACCAAGGAGGAGAUGGCGUCGGCGCUGGUGCACAUCCUGCAGAGCACCGGCAAGGUCAAGGACUUCCUCACGGACCUGAUGAUGUCCGAGGUGGACCGCUGCGGGGACAACGAGCACCUCAUCUUCCGGGAGAACACGCUGGCCACCAAGGCCAUCGAGGAGUACCUCAAGCUGGUGGGCCAGAAGUACCUGCAGGACGCGCUUGGAGAGUUUAUCAAGGCGCUGUACGAGUCGGACGAGAACUGCGAGGUGGACCCCAGCAAGUGCUCGGCCGCUGACCUGCCCGAGCACCAGGGCAACCUCAAGAUGUGCUGCGAGCUGGCCUUCUGCAAGAUCAUCAACUCCUACUGCGUGUUCCCCCGGGAGCUGAAGGAGGUGUUUGCCUCGUGGCGGCAGGAGUGCAGCAGCCGCGGGCGCCCCGACAUCAGCGAGCGGCUCAUCAGCGCCUCCCUGUUCCUGCGCUUCCUGUGCCCGGCCAUCAUGUCGCCCUCCCUCUUCCACCUGCUGCAGGAGUACCCCGACGACCGCACCGCCCGCACCCUCACCCUCAUCGCCAAGGUCACCCAGAACCUGGCCAACUUCGCCAAGUUCGGCAGCAAGGAGGAGUACAUGUCGUUCAUGAACCAGUUCCUGGAGCACGAGUGGACCAACAUGCAGCGCUUCCUGCUGGAGAUCUCCAACCCCGAGACCGUCUCCAACACGGCCGGCUUCGAGGGCUACAUCGACCUGGGCCGCGAGCUCUCCAGCCUGCACUCGCUGCUCUGGGAGGCGGUCAGCCCGCUGGAGCAGAGCAUCAUUGCCAAACUGGGGCCCCUGCCGCGAAUCCUGAGGGACGUCCACACGGCCCUGAGUGCCCCCGGCAACGGGCAGCUGGCGGGAACCAACGACCUGGCCUCCACGCCCGGCUCUGGGAGCAGCAGCAUCUCCGCAGGGCUCCAGAAGAUGGUGAUCGAGAAUGACCUCUCUGGUCUCGUAGAUUUCACCCGGUUACCGUCUCCAACCCCCGAAAACAAGGACUUGUUUUUUGUCACAAGGUCCUCCGGGGUCCAGCCCUCGCCCGCCCGCAGCUCCAGCUACUCGGAAGCCAACGAGCCGGACCUCCAGAUGGCCAACGGCGGCAAGAGCCUGUCCAUGGUGGACCUGCAGGAGGCCCGCGCGCUGGACGGGGAGGCCAGCUCCCCAACGGGCGCCGACGCCCUCGCCGUGGACGGGCCGGUGGCCGCGGCUCAGCUGGUGGCCGGGUGGCCGGCCCGGGCGGCCCCCGCAAGCCUGGCGGGGCUGGCCACGGUGCGGCGGGCGGGCCAGACGCCGACCACGCCUGGCGCCUCCGAAGGCGCGCCGGGCCGGCCCCAGCUGCUGGCGCCGCUGUCCUUCCAGAACCCCGUGUACCAGAUGGCGGCUGGCCUGCCGCUGUCUCCCCGUGGCCUGGGCGACUCGGGCUCCGAGGGCCACAGCUCCCUGAGCUCGCACAGCAACAGCGAGGACCUGGCCGCCGCGGCCAAGCUGGGCGGCUUCGGCGGAGCCGAGGAGCUGGCGCGGCGGCCUGGCGGCAGCGAGCUGGCGCGGCGGCAGAUGUCACUGACUGAGAAGGGCGGGCCGCCCGCCGUGCCCAGGCAGAACAGCGCCGGCCCCCAGCGCCGCAUCGACCAGCCGCCCCCGCCCCCGCCUCCACCCCCGCCCGCGCCCCGCGGCCGCACGCCCCCCGCGCUGCUCAGCACCCUGCAGUACCCCCGGCCAGCCAGCGGCACCCUGGCCUCCGCCUCACCGGACUGGGCGGGCCCCGGGGCCCGGCUGCGCCAGCAGUCCUCAUCCUCCAAGGGAGACAGCCCCGAGCUGAAGCCGCGGGCCGCGCACAAGCAGGGUCCUUCGCCCGUGAGUCCCAAUGCCCUGGACCGCACGGCCGCGUGGCUCUUGACCAUGAACGCGCAGUUGUUAGAGGACGAGGUCCUGGGCCCUGACCCCCCGCACAGGGACAGGCUGAGGAGUAAGGAGGAGCUCAGCCAAGCAGAGAAGGACCUGGCGGUGCUGCAGGACAAGCUGCGCAUCUCCACCAAGAAGCUGGAGGAGUACGAGACCCUGUUCAAGUGCCAGGAGGAGACCACGCAGAAGCUGGUGCUGGAGUACCAGGCGCGGCUGGAGGAGGGCGAGGAGCGGCUGCGGCGGCAGCAGGAGGACAAGGACAUCCAGAUGAAGGGCAUCAUCAGCAGGCUGAUGUCCGUGGAAGAGGAGCUGAAGAAGGACCACGCGGAGAUGCAGGCGGCGGUGGACUCCAAACAGAAGAUCAUCGAUGCCCAGGAGAAGCGCAUCGCCUCGCUGGACGCGGCCAACGCCCGCCUCAUGAGCGCGCUGACACAGCUGAAAGAGAGUAUGCAUUAGAAACAAAAGCCCGCCCGCCCGCCCGCCCGCCCGCUGGAAGCCAGGGGCCCUUUAGAGUUGAGCGUGCGCACUGCACGGGAGAUAGCGGCCCUGGAGGAUAGACUUGCUCCCUCUCGACGGCAGCGGCCCGUGCGCGGCGGGGCCUGGCGUGGUGCCACCGCCGCGGCCUCCUCUCCCGCCCGCCCCGCCCAGGGCCCGGCGGCGCUGCACCCCGGGCGGGCAGGGGGGCCCCGCCCGCCGUUUAGCUUUUCAGCCUCGCCCUCCCCUCGUGGGACGCAGGUGGGCAGCAGCUCGGGCCCCCGGGGCCUCGCACGUCGGGCCCACCGGGCCAGGAGCCAGGCGGGGUGGCCGCAGGAUUCCCCCACCCCACCCCAGCCCCCCAGCCUCAGGAAGCUGGGGCGGCCCCGGGAAGAGGUGCCCCUCCACGCCCCGAGCCCCCCGGGCAGGCCGCAGGGCGGCAGGGAAGGCACCUGUGGGAGCUGGCCAGGCCGCCCCCCUCCCCAGGCUCUGGAAGGGGGUAUCAGGUGGCCUCCUCGGUCUGGCCAGGCGGGAGCCGUGCUGUCAGGGGGGGGCAGAGGAUGGCGGCCCCCCCCGAGGAAGGAAGGGCGGGGCCACGCACUGCCUCCAGGGGCCUCUCGGGCAGGACCUGGCCCCCCCACGCCCCACCCUCCCCGAGAUGCCACGAGUGACCUCGGACCGAGCGCGUCUUAGCAAUACGGGGUGGGGGUCGGGGGCUCCCCCAGGGCCCCGGAGCUGGUGCAGGCUGUCCCCGGGGUGCCAGGCCCCGUCUGAGCUCACUCGGCCCGAGUGACUCCCCCAGUGCAAAAACUGUAAAGCUGUACAGACGCCGCCCGCCGGGGCGGGAUGGCGGCCCCCCGGGCUCUGUAAAUGUUCUUGGUGUGUGACUGUGACGUGACCCCCCCACCCAACCCCCGACCCGGCUCUGCGGCCUCCCUCUGUCCCCGGUGCUGCCCGGGCCUCCGCCCUCCCGGGGCCCGGCUUGGUUCUCUCCCCCAGGGGACAGUCUUGGCCAGGAGCGAGCACUCUGGAACCAGGGGGAGGGGGGUGGCGAGUGAGGGUCCUGGGGCACGCUGGCUGCUGGCGCCCACACGCCCUGCCAGGGCCAGAGAGAACUGGCACCCCCGGGGCGGGGCUGGCCAGCGUGCCCGGCGGGGGGGACAGGACGGAGGGGAGCCCCCCACCCCGGCCCGGGCCCGGCUCGGCAGAGACGGCUGGGUGGAGGAAACUGCCAAACUUCUCCAAGAGAAGGACUUUCCCAGCAGCCCGGUCGGGGGGUGAGGGGGCCCCAGGCCAGAAACCCACUCACCCCUGCCCGCCACCCCCACCGGCAGAGCCUCUGUCCCCGCACCCCCGCCCCUCUGUUUGACCGCCCCCCUCUUUUCUACACUCGACCCCUCCCCGUCCCGGCCCCUGCACCCCCCCCCCUUUUGUAAGUAUGUGAAAAGGAAAUACUGCAAACCCCGGGCGGCCGGCUGCCCAGCCGAGCCCGGCCGUGUAAUAAUGUACAGAGAAAGUGGUUGGUGUCUCCACGUGUGGCUGUGCAAUUUCUGUACAUUUGCAAUUAGAAAUAUUAAAGAUUUAUUUAGCUAUUUUAA